GAGCGAGAGCGAGUGCAUGUUGCGUCCCGGACGGUGUGCUUGUGUGAGUGUUGGCACCCGUGCAUGUGCGUCCUUGCAAUCAGGCACACUGCCAGUGACACUUGUGAUAACCAAUGUUAAAAUAGACUGUCGUAAGUGCAAGAAGCUACAUUUGACCCUCAGAGCUAGAGUGCCCCGGCCUGGCGACCACACCUGGCCCGGCCAGCCUGUGGGCGACCUCACCUGACCUGACCUCGCCCGUCAGCGCCUCCACCAUGGCUAGCCAACAGUUUUGUUUACGCUGGAACAAUUACCAGAGCAAUUUGAUGCAGGUUUUCGACCAGUUGCUACAGACAGAGAGUUUCGUGGACGUGACAUUGUCGUGUGAGGGUCAGAGUAUCAAGGCUCACCGCAUGGUGUUGUCCGCGUGUUCUCCGUACUUCCAGUGCCUGCUGAGUGAGGCGCCCUGCACCCACCCCGUCAUCAUCCUACAGGGGGUCAAAUGGCCCGAGCUGAAGGCCGUGGUGGAGUUUAUGUACAAGGGAGAGAUCAACAUCUGUCAGGAGCAGCUGGGUUCCCUCCUCCGCGUGGCUGAGUCCCUCAAGAUCCGUGGGCUGGCCGAGGUGGACGGUGACGGGGCCGAGCCUGCCGUGCUGACCUCCCCCUCCGUGUCCCCUGCCGCCCGCGCCCUCUCUAAUACCCUUGAAGACAGCUCUCCCUCCUCGGUUCUCGCCGCCGCCCGUAAACGACGUCGGUACUCUGGUGAUGACGGGAGCCGCCCCUGUACGCCCAUGACGCCGACAAGUGGACCGGAGGCAAUGGAGACCACCACCAUUGACCUAUCAGGACCUCUGAUCCGUAGUGGGAUGACCGCGACCCUGCCAGGGUCACCACUGACCUCUCUAGCGGCGCGCCUACCCGGUGCCAUGCCGCCCCCAGCGCCCAUGGCACCCCACCUGACACACCUGCCGCCCCUGUCGCCGCUCCUCAACAUGCACUCCAUGCCACGCCCACACGCCCCCGACGACUUCGAGAUCCGACCUGGCAUCGCUGAGAUGAUCCGCGAGGAGGAGAGGCAAGAAAGUACCAAUAACCAUCAUACAAAAAAAGUCACAGCAAUUUGGCCCUCUAUCGUAGAACCUCGUCCUGCUGUAGACGCUGAAGCAGCAGUCAGCGGUGGCGGGGAGUCCUCACAACCUGGUGCAAAUGAUGCUUUUAGUGCUGCAGCUUCAGUCACCGCCUCUACUGUUAAUCCUGGGGCUUCUGCUGUUAAUGUUGUGGCUUCUGCUGUUAAUGCUGGGGCUUCUACUGUUAAUGAUGGGGCUACUGCUGUUAAUGCUGGGGCUUCUACUGUUAAUGAUGGGGCUUCUGCUGUUAAUGUUGUGGCUUCUGCUGUUAAUGCUAUGGCUUCUGCUGUUAAUGUUGUGGCUUCUGCUGUUAAUGGCUUCUACUGUUAA